AUGGUGUACGGCAAACGAGAGGUGCUGAUGUUCCCCGGUGCUGUGCAGAUGGAAAAUCUCGUAAAAGGAUUGCGAAUCCUGGAGAUAUGCGUGAUCUCAAUAGACUAUUUUCGCGAGUACAUCCUCAAAGUGGCGUCUAUUCCCUUCAGAUUCAAGGCAGGCGGCAGCGGCAACAUGGGACCCGUCGCAGUGCAGUCGCACCACCACCGCAGCACUACCAAGCAGAACAAGAAGGGCUUCAAGGCGCGACAUGCCACCAAAGGCGCAUUGAAGGAGAUUAGCAAGGGCAAAGUCGAAGGAUUGUCAUUUGAACGGGGCGUCCGCAGAACCCCACACCAGCAAGUCAUGUCUAAAUUCGACCGUCGCAACCGCGCGAAGCAGAUGCGCCUGAACAAGGACAGCGAGCAUGCGAAGAACACCAACGUCUUCGCUGGCAAGGAUGGUGCGCCACGCAUUGUUGCUCUCGUCCCGUUGUGCUCCGACAUAUCCACCGCAGCAGCUGCACGCAGCCUCAACGCCGCCCUUGACAUUGAAGAAGAAGUGCCCGAGGCGGGGUGGACAAGGACAAAUGUCGACCGAUUCAAGCAGAAGAUACAGUACCUGGUCGUCAAGCGAGACUUGCUGGAGUGUUUGGAUGCCUGCCGCAUCGCCGACUUUGUGGUUUUCAUACUGUCCGCAUCAGAAGAGGUGGACGCCGAGGGCGAGCUCAUCCUAAAGUCAGUGGAGAGCCAGGGCAUCUCAAACACAUUUACUGUGGUACAAUCACUCGACAAGGUUGAACCAGCAAAGGCGAAGCCGCAAGUCAUCUCCUCACUCAAGUCGUACAUCACACACUGGCUACCAGCUACUGAGCGCGUCUACUCUCUCGACAACCGACAAGAAGCAUCGAACCUGGUCCGAUCGCUUUGCACAACCACGACCAAGGGGGUGAGAUGGAGAGACCAAAGGAGUUACAUGUUCAUCGAAGACAUUGCAUGGGAAGGGGGGAAAUCUGCAGUCAACGAGAACGGGACUAGCGAGGUUGUGCUCACUGGUGUCGUACGAGGUCUUGGUCUCAAGGCCGACAGGCUGGUCCAAGUCGGCGAUUGGGGUGACUUCCAGAUUGACAAAAUCGUGGCGGCACCACUAGAAGUCAAGAAGAAGGGCAAAGUUGAAGACAUGAUGGUUGACGGAGAAAAUGAUGGCAUCCUAGAACAGCCAACAGAAGAGCAGGACGAUUUGGCCGAUCUUGCGCCGGAAGAGACCAUCAUGGACGACGUGACAAACUACGCAGCCUCGGUAGCACCGUCAGAGCGCAAAGGAGUUCUGCUGGACGACCACCACUACUUUUCAGACGAAGAGGAGGAGAACGCACCAACAAAGCCCAAGCGACUACCAAAGGGCACCAGUAAAUACCAGAGCGCAUGGUACCUCGACGAUGUGUCUGACUCGGGCUCUGACCUCGAGGAUUUUGACAUGGAGGACGUGUCCGAGACCGCACAGGAUCCAGCAGCACACCCCGCAGAUGGCGAGGAGGGCAUGGAUGUUGACGGAAAAGCCAUGACUGAGGGCGGGCCUUCGGAGUAUCCUCAAUCAGAAAUGUUUAUGGAUCCUGCACCAGAAGACGAGGCCGAGCAGAUUGAGGCGUACCGCAAGACCAGGAAAACCGAGCAAGACGAAGAUCUCGAAUUCCCUGACGAGAUCGAGCUGCAUCCAAAUGUCAACGCUCGCGAGCGUUUGAUCAAGUACCGAGGACUGAAGAGUCUCAGGUCUAGUGUCUGGGAAACUGAAGAGGACCGACCAUAUGAGCCCCAAGAGUGGCAGCGCCUCCUCGAAAUCUCAGACUACAAGCGCACUGCAACAAAAUUCAUGCGUGAAGCCUGGGCUGGCGGUGUCGCGCCUGGCACGAGAGUCAACGUUCACCUCCGCGGCGUUCCUCUAUCCUUCCAAAACUCAUCUCGACCACUCGCCGCCUUCUCUCUCCUGCGCCACGAACACAAGCGCGUAGCAUGCAACUACAGCAUGCUCGUAUCUUCGGAGCACGAAGCGCCCAUCCGCUCCAAAACCGAGCUCAUCGUGCAGUGCGGCCCUCGCCGCAUGGUCAUCAACCCGCUCUUCUCUCAAGCCGGCAACACGCCCAACAACGUGCACAAAUUCGACCGCUACUUGCACCCAGGCCACUCAGCCAUCGCAUCCUUCAUCGGACCGCUAACAUGGGGCAACGUCCCAUUACUCUUCUUCCAGCGCACCGAUCCCGAGGAUCUGACAACUUCUUCCCUGCGUCUAGUCGGCACGGGAACAUCCCUCCCGCCAUCGUCCAACCGCAUCAUCGCGAAACGCAUCAUUCUCACGGGCCACCCGUACAAGAUCAACAAGCGCGUCGUCACGGUGCGAUACAUGUUCUUCCACGAUACUGACGUCAGGUGGUUCAAGAGUCUGCCGCUUUGGACCAAGCGCGGAAGAAGUGGAUUUAUCAAGGAGAGUCUGGGUACGCAUGGAUACUUCAAGGCAAACUUUGAUGGCAAGAUUAAUCCAAUGGAUGCGGUGGCGGUCAGCUUGUAUAAGAGGGUGUGGCCCAGGGGAAGUCGCAUGUGGAGGGCUGAUGAGUAG